AGAGAUCUGGUUGUAUCGUAUUAGAUGCAAGUAUUUGGUGCAUUUCUGUGUUUUCUGUGAUAAUAAAGGGAAUAUUUUGGGCUUUAGAAAGAAAAAGAGGGAUGUCACCUUUGGUUUAAGAAGAAGGAUCAUUUUGUAUGUGGUAGUCUGGCCUUAUACAAACCCCUGUUAUAUACAAUACAGGACACAUGAUGCAGUGGUGCAGUAUGUGGGAUGUUGAUAUCAUUGAAAUGCAGAGAACUGAUUGCUGAUUUUGUACAAAGGGAUUUUCUCUUGUGCAGAAACGGUCUGUCCUACUUACAGAGACGCCACCGCAGCCGAACCUGCUGUUCCCAGCUGGUGCUGCUUUGAAAUACAUCCUCCCCCCCUCCUCAUUCUUUUUUUCCUCCCUCCCUCGCUCCUCUUCUCCUCUUCAUCUCUAUUUGCUCCUCCUCUAUGAGUCGGUGCAGAAGUCUCCACCCCUCCUGCGUCCCCCUCUCACACACCCCCUCCUCCCCUGCUCUCUGGGCCGCGUCCUCUCUGCGUCAGGCAGCUCCAUUCAUGAAAAGUGUGACGUGAGCAGGUCUUCAGCGACUCUGUGACGCUGACAGCCACCCACUCACGGCCCAGGUGCUGCAGGAGUUAGAGGAAUGUCUGUCAUCCUCCUGCCUCUGUCUCCCUCUGCUUUUCUUACUGUUUUUCUCCAUCCUCACUGCCAGCUCAGCCUCUUUUUCCCUGGCAGCUUUUUUCCUUUUUUUAUCCCUUCAUCCCUGCCUCAGAGCUGAGGGAGGACCAUGUAUCUGAGCUCUGUCUGCUGUGAAUUUCAGCGUUUAGACGAACACUCGUGUUAGGACGCACUCAAUCCAUCCUCACUGGGCGGCCCAUGCACAUGCACGACAACAUGGGUAGCUCCCCGGAGGUGCUCUCGUGGACUUCCUGCCCCAGUCUACUGGUGGGCAAACUGAAGGAGGAGCUCAAACUCACUGUGGCUGGGGACGGAAUGAAAAAAACAAACUUGCCCAACACCCAACCUCAGCCUCCUCAGGCACCUCCAUUGAACCUACCUCCUCAGAUUAUCACAGACUUGGCCCCGCCCACACACCUGCCCGUUCCCCUGCAGACACUACAGACGCCUAUUCAGGAUGAGGACUCAAUGCUGGGGGGUAUAACUCCCCCACACGUAGCUUUGAGCGUGGAUUCCACAAGGAGCGAGGGCGGACACUUUGACAACAGCGUGCUCCAGCUGCAGGAGCACGACCACGAGGAGGCUGUGUCACCGGCCUCAUGUGAGCAUGGCGGGUGUGGGUGUGGGAGUGGGAUGGAGGAGCAGAUGGAAGAAGGGGACUGUCCCAUGAAUCACAGUGGAGAGGGGAGGCAGAACCACCCCCACCACCCUGAUGACAUCAAGCUGCACUUCCAGAGAGCAGGUCCUGGUUCGGGCGGCUUCUUAGAGGGGUUGUUUGGCUGUCUGCGGCCCGUCUGGAACAUCAUCGGGAAGACAUACUCGACAGAAUACAAGCUGCAACAGCAAGACAUGUGGGAGGUUCCAUUUGAGGAGAUUUCAGAGCUGCAGUGGCUCGGCAGCGGUGCACAAGGAGCCGUCUUCUUGGGAAAGUUCCGCUCUGAGGAGGUGGCCAUCAAGAAGGUGCGCGAGCAAAAGGAGACGGACAUAAAACCCCUGCGAAAACUCAAACAUCCAAAUAUCAUCAGCUUCAAGGGUGUGUGCACGCAGGCACCUUGUUACUGCAUCAUCAUGGAGUACUGCGCUCAGGGCCAGCUGUAUGAGGUGUUGAGAGCGGGGAGGAAGGUGACCCCGAGGCUGCUGGUGGACUGGGCCUCAGGCAUCGCCAGCGGCAUGAACUACCUACACUUGCACAAAAUUAUCCACAGAGACCUCAAGUCUCCCAAUGUUUUGGUCACCCACAACGACACUGUGAAAAUCUCUGACUUUGGAACGUCCAAAGAGCUCAGUGACAAAAGUACAAAGAUGUCAUUUGCUGGUACGGUGGCCUGGAUGGCCCCAGAAGUGAUACGAAAUGAGCCUGUAUCUGAAAAAGUAGAUAUAUGGUCCUUUGGUGUUGUGUUAUGGGAGCUUCUGACUGGAGAGAUUCCCUACAAAGACGUGGAUUCCUCUGCCAUUAUUUGGGGUGUUGGCAGCAACAGUCUCCACCUUCCUGUUCCCUCCACCUGCCCCGAUGGCUUUAAAAUCCUCAUGAAGCAAACAUGGCAAGGCAAACCUAGGAAUAGGCCUUCAUUUCGUCAGAUCCUACUACAUCUUGACAUUGCCUCUGCUGAUGUCCUGGGAGCUCCCCAGGAGACCUACUUCAAGUCUCAGUCAGAAUGGAGAGAGGAGGUGAAGAAACAUUUCGAGAAGAUCAAGAGUGAAGGCACCUGUAUCCACAGGCUGGAUGAAGAGCUCAUCCGGCGCCGGAGGGAUGAACUGAGGCAUGCUCUGGACAUCCGGGAGCACUAUGAGAGGAAACUAGAACGAGCAAACAAUCUCUACAUGGAGCUCAGCGCCAUCAUGCUGCAGCUGGAGGUCCGGGAGAAAGAACUAAUGAAGAGAGAGCAAGCAGUGGAGAAGAAAUAUCCCGGGACAUAUAAGCGCCACCUGGUCCGACCCAUCGUCAGGUCCAACGCCGUAGAGAAGCUUAUCAAGAAGAAAGGAAGCAUUUCCCACAAACCGGGGAUGCCAUCCGCUAAAAGGCCCGACUUGCUUCGUUCUGAUGGCAUCCCCAGUGUCGACUCUCUUCCCUCCCCCUCACCACUAUCAGCAAGCCCUAAAGUCUCAACGCCUCCCGGCAAAGCCCGAUACAGAAGCAAGCCUCGCCACCGCCGCGCCAACAGCAAAGGCAGCCACAGUGAGUUCCCUGGGCUGUUGAAGUCUAUAGCUGGAGCCUCAGAGGACACGCAGUCUCUUCAGGAGCAACAGUUCCACCAUCACCACCACCACACACUACCUGAGGGGGCCCUCCUCCCCUUGAAGGGCCGCGAACAGGCCGUCGUCAACUGUGCCAAUAACCUACGCUACUUCGGCCCCGCGGCUGCCCUCCGCAGCCCCCAGACGGACCACCUGCAGCGCCGCGUUUCUGAAUCCAGCCCCGACCUCAUAUCCACCGCGGUGGACGCAGACACGCGACAGAGGACUUCAUCCACCAGCUCCAACCACGUCCCAGGUGCUGGUGCUGGCUCUCUGUGUCCCUGCUGUCAGGCUCACCCCUUCCCUGGAUGCCUUCACUGUCAGGAGACCCCUCCAGUAUCAAACCACCCAGAGUUACCUCACUACUCACUGCUCAACACGCAGGAAAGCACCCAGUCCUUUUUGGGGGCUCCCGGCAAAGACCAAACUACAGACAGCGAGGCCACCAAAAAGACCGAGCCACAGGAACGUGACGCAUUGGAACACACACACGCCCUCCCCUCUGCCCUGCCCCGCAUCCUCAGACCUCUCAGGAAGGGAGGCGAUGAGUCAUCUGAAGAGGAGGAGGGGGAGGUAGAUAGUGAAGUGGAGUUUCCAAGAAGACAGAGACCUCAUCGCUGCAUGAGCAGCUUUCAGUCCUACUCCACCUUCAGUUCAGAAAACCUGUCCGUGUCCGACGGCGAAGAGGGAAACACCAGCGACCACUCCCACAGCGGACCCCUAGAGAGGAUGAGCGCCAGCCAGGAGGAGCACCUGGAUGAGCUGCUGUCGCACACACCGGACAUCCCCAUCGACAUCUCCACCCAGUCAGACGGCCUGUCUGACAAGGAGUGUGCUGUCCGAAGGGUGAAGACCCAGAUCUCACUGGGAAAACUGUGCUCUGACGAACACAGCUACGAGAAUCCACUACAGUUUGGGGACUCAGACUGUGAUUCAUCAGAAGCAGAGUGUUCAGACGCCACCAUCAGAAACAACAAAGCUGGGGCUCCAUCUUCGUGGUGAAAAGGUCCCCAAGGCUUAGUUCUGUUUUUGCCUGGAGGCCAUCGUGUCCCAUUCUGCUCUGCAGAAAACACAGCAAUAAGAGGACCACAUUGUAAACAAAGCUCCCUAUAGCAAAGCCCCAUGCAAUCUCUCCCAGGACCCCCCUUGCCCCUCCCCCCCCCCCUUCAUUAAACCCAGUCUGCCCCAUCUCUAGCACAGCAUCCAGGCAACCCAUGGCAGGGAUUCCCUUUUGAAUGAUAAUGUAGAUAGUCUCAUAAUUUAUUUUUGUCUGCGUUUUGAAGUAAAAUGAUGACCUUAUGAAUAUUCUCUGAUCCAAACAGAGGAAGACAUUUUAAAACUGGGCUAACUGUGCAUUGUCUAUAGAUUGAGACUGGACAAAGAUGCAGAGGAUAAUAAGAUGUGUCAGAAAGCUAGAAUGGUGGAGUGACAUCCCUGCAAUUGUUGUUAAGGGGGGAAAAUACAAGCCUUGAUCUGGCUCUUAGAAAACCCAACAGAGAGACGUGCUCUGAUUAAGAUCAAAAGGCUUUAUCAUUAGUUUACAGCGCAGAGCCUCAGAAACCCACCUCCCUGGCUUCCGUCCCGUCCCCACCACACUGAGUGGGGAAGAGGGAGCUCAUGAAAACAGUGCAAAACACCAGCAUGAACAACCUGCCUCGCUACCGGACUCUCUCCCUAAGUCUCUUCCUCCCUCCCUAGAAACAGUGUCCAGUCAUCAAGGCUCAUGCUGAACUGUACUAGCAUGCUUGUGCGGCUUGCAAAAUUCACAAGGCUGCAGGAAGACUGCAUGAAGUGGGACAAGCUGGCAGAGCAUCAGCGAAGAAGAAAAAAAAAACACCCCCCAAAAAAAAGAGUCUGUUCCUUUGUGAUGCAGCUCAUCCUUCUCCGAGACACGCCAACGUCAUUGUCAUCAUAAAUCAGAUGUCAUGACCAAGAGUUGUUAAGGGAGUUAUAUGUGUGUGUGUGGGUGUGUGGGUGUGUGGGUGUGUGUGUGUGUGUGUGUUAUGAUGAAGGCCGUUCCUCUCCAUUAGAUAGUACAGUUUCAAGUCUCAUCUCAGGAUCGUUUGGAGGACUGUGAGAAACUAGACUGGACCAAUUGUUGUAUGUAGGAAUCUUCUUAGGGUGGCACAUAAUAAGGACCGUGCAGGAUUAUUAUAGGAAAAAAAAAAAGUCUUACAGGUAGCCUUGAUGUUCAACCCUUUUAUCGCUGUAACAGACAUUAAUGUCUAUGUAAAGAUUCAGAGCGGUUUAGUUACAAUCCAGGUGCAGUAUCCCCUUUCUUGAAACUACUCGGUGCAGCAUCUUCCAUGUUCCAUUUUCUAGCAGGGUAAUUUAUACUGUCCAACACGCAGCGUCCAAUAAAUGUUCAUCUAUGCUGUAGUAGUAAAACAGCAAUAAUGUAGACUGGGCAUGUAGUAGUCUAGCAGGCUAGACACAACAGAGUGACUGGUGGCUAGAUAGGAGCAGGAGGUGUACAACAGCUUAAAAUAUAAGCUUUAUUUUUUAUAUUGUCCCUACUUUGUGAACUUGCCUUUCCAGAGAUUGAUGCUCAGGUUUUAUGUUGCCGAUUUAGAGCAGGAGCAAUAUAUCCACAGCCACUAGAUGGAGACAGUUACAAUAGCUUUUCCAUGUGUUUUUGUAAUUGUCAUGACUCCAUUCUUUUCUUUUCUUUUUCCCCUUACCCAAGGGAUAUUAUCUUCCCAUGAGCAUCCAAAUCCAAGAAUCCCAGCAAUUUCACCUUUUGUCUUGUUGUCUUUGAAAUGGGAUACUGCACCUGAGAGAGCUUUAUUUUUCACCCCUGUGAGAGUGUUUGUCAUCCCACUUUAAUUAAUUACUGUGCAGUUGAAAUAACUGCCAGCCAGGGUUGAAUUUAACGUUAAUGAUGUCAAGAUGUCAGCUCAAGUGUAUGCAGACGGCUGAGUUUCUAAGUUAGGAAUAAAAAGCCAGAGACAAGGCCACAGAGCCAUUAAGCUCUCGGCUUUCAACAACCUCAUCUCAGUGUUAGUUACUCCUGUAUAUAAUCAACUGUAAAUGUAAUGUAACCUGUUUUUGUCCUCUCUCUUUAACGUAUUGCACAGCUCAGACAGAAGCCUCAAAUUUCUGUCGCUGACGACCAGCCAACUGGUUUGAAAUAAGCAGGAAAUUCCUUAAUCCGUAUCACAUCAGUAUUGAACACUGCAGGAGGGUGUGAGUCAUAUGAUCGUAGAAUCUAAACCAGUACUGAUGAAUAAAUUACCUUUUGCCUCACAGCUUUGGAAAGGCUCAGCAGCUGCUGCCUUUCCACUGGCCUCCUUCAAACCUUCUUCACUCUGUUUACGUUUGUGUGAAAUAACCUUGUGUAUCCUUAUGACUGCGUAAUUUGAUCAAGCUGUUAACGUUUAUCUUUCUGGCAUAUAUCCUGUGAAGUAUGACUGAUUGUUGUAGAGUUUUAAUUUAAUAUUGAUUAUUUUCUCUUUUUUUUCUUUGUAGCUGGCCUACAUGAUUAUUGAGUUAAUUUAUUAUGCUAUGGUGUUUUGUUCUUUUUAAUUUCAGGCAGCUUUAGAAAUGUCAUGACCUGUGAUUCCUCCUGAGAAGUAUUAUAUAAAGAAAGCACAAUGAUUUGGUAUGGGAAGAAGACAGUAUUUUUACAGUACGGUUGAACAAAAAGCAUUGUCAUAUAAUGAGCAUCUCUUGUUUUUUAUUUGGGACCACUCAUCAUCUUGAUGUUCAUGGCGGAUGAAGUAUUGAUUAGCAGCAUGAAGUGUUCCUCAGGUUUUAGUUAACCUGACGGAGGUCUUCUACAACCAAAAGUCAGUAACUGAACUGUUUCAGCAGGGUUAACGAAACAAUAGGGUUGUAGUUAUGUGUGAUGCCGAUUUUGGUGCUUCUGCAGAAAUCCCUUCCUCUCAUUUUUUAAUCCAAAUACCAGUUACUUACAUCUGAAUCUCUCUGACAUCGUCUCUAACUUGUUGACGUCAUGUUGCCUCAUCCCAUGUAUCAAACAUAUGUUUUCUUUGUUAAUCUCAUUUCCAACUCUCUUACCUGUUGAAUGGCAUUACGAUCAACCAAUCCCGUCAGUUUCCUGUAUUAUCCAGUGUACAGUGCAACUGGUAUCUUGGGGGAAUAAAAUCAGAGCAAAUUACUGCAUGGAAUAAAUGCUGAUGUACUGUA